AGGUCAGCAGCGAAAGAGGCAAUUUUGUCAUUUCAAUUGAAUUAAUAAAUGAAAGUGCUCUCGUUCCCGAGAAUCCAAUAGAAAAUUCCAGCCUCGCCUAUCAAAGCACGCAGCUGAUGGCAGCAGCAUCCCUACUCUCGCUUCCCAUCCUUCUCCAAAACCCCUCCAGAACCCUCCUUCCCUUCUCCAACUCCUCCUUCAGAAGCAUCAGCAACAGCAGCAGAGCCAAAGGAAGGAUUCUUUCUCCUCCUGUCCGCGUCGCCGCUCCACCCACUCCAACGCCAACCCUCGCUGACGCUGAAGAAGGAGAAGCAGAAUCUAAGGAAGAAGAGAACUCGGAGAGGGGGGAAUUCUCAUGGAGGGAGCACUGGUACCCGGUCUCUCUCAUCGAAGAUCUCGACCCUCGAAUCCCCACCCCUUUCCAGCUCCUCGGCCGCGAAAUCGUCCUCUGGAAAAACCCUAACUCCGGCGAUUGGGUCGCUUUCGAUGACCGUUGCCCCCACCGCCUCGCCCCCCUCUCUGAAGGACGGAUCGAUGAGGACGGUUUCUUACAGUGCUCUUAUCAUGGAUGGUCUUUCAAUGGCAAUGGAUCAUGUGCUCGGAUCCCGCAAGCGUCAUCGGAUGGCCCUGAGGCCCGGGCCGUUCAAUCACCACGCGCAUGCGCCGCAAGAUUCCCCACACUCGUCUCUCAGGGCUUGCUCUAUGUUUGGCCUGAUGAGAAUGGAUGGGAGAAAGCUUUUGCUUCCGAGCCUCCCAUGUUGCCAGAGGAUUUUGAUGAUCCUGGGUUUUCGACGGUUACGAUUCAACGAGAUCUGUUCUAUGGAUAUGAUACGCUUAUGGAGAAUGUGUCAGAUCCCUCCCACAUUGAUUUUGCACACCAUAAGGUUACAGGGAGAAGGGAUAGAGCCAAGCCCCUGCCAUUUAAAUUGGAAUCGAGUGGACUUUGGGGCUUUGCUGGAUCCAAUGUUGGGAACCCACGAAUCAGUGCCAAAUUUGUUGCACCUUGUUAUUAUAUAAAUAAGGUAGAGAUAGACACAAAACUCCCUAUUUUUGGUGAACAGAAAUGGAAAAUAUGGAUUUGUUCCUUCAACAUACCUAUGGCUCCUGGGAAGACCCGUUCAAUCGUCUGCAGUGCUCGAAACUUUUUCCAAUUCACGAUGCCAGGCCCUGCUUGGUGGCAGCCGGUCCCUAGAUGGCAUGAGCACUGGACUUCAAACAAGGUCUAUGAUGGUGAUAUGAUAGUCCUUCAGGGUCAAGAGAAAACAUUCCUUUCAAAGUCCAUGGAAUCUUCGGCAGAUGUUAAUCAUCAGUAUACAAAAAUCACUUUCACACCCACACAAGCAGACCGCUUUGUUUUGGCAUUUAGGACUUGGCUGAGGCGGUAUGGAAAAAACCAACCUGACUGGUUUGGCUCUACUUCUAAACAACCAUUGCCAUCAAUGAUCUUGUCGAAACGUCAGAUGCUGGAUAGAUACGAGCAACAUACCCUUAAAUGCUCAUCAUGUAAAGGAGCUUAUUCUGCCUUUCAGACACUACACAAAGCACUGAUCGGUGUGACUGUCAUCCUCUGUGCAACUGCUGGGAUCCCUUCAGAGAUGCAGCUGCGGGUUCUCAUAGGUGGUGCUGCAAUUGUCAGUGCUGGUUUGGCAUAUGCUUUGUAUGAGCUCCAGAAGAACUUUGUCUUUAUUGAUUAUGUUCAUGCAAAGAUCGAUUAACUAAUCAUAGGAUGAAUGGCCUCAUGUACAACACUCGAAAAGGGCGGGUGUUUCGAGUAGAUCUUUAAUGUUCGGUUGAUCCUGCUGGUGCUGGGCUGUUUGAAAAUUCAUUUUGUGAAAUUAGUCUGCAGGAUCCAUAGAAUUUACACAAGUGUUUCACCUAUGUAUAUAAAGAAAUGUAAAAGAUGCCAGGAAAUGUAUGUUAUCAGAUUCAUUCAUAUAAAGGGAGAACCCCAAGUUCUUAC